UUCACGAAGAGGAAAGAGUGAGCUAGCUUUGAAAACAACAAGGGAUGAAAACAGGCCCGACUAGUCGGUCCGCCAUCUUGUCCCUUCACUGCAUGCAUCUCAAGGCACGCUAAAUUAAUCCCUGAUAACAAAGCUACAAGGAUGGAGGAAUUGUAGUCGAUGUGAUGCACUGUCAAACCAAGCUGUCAAAACUUUUAGAGAAGCUAAUUUUUCCGUCACAAAAUAUCUUUAAAAUCCGGUAUUUUGUGUCUAGUUGCAUGGCCAUCAGGACAUCAAUUGAAGCUAAAUGUGGUGUAAUUCCGGGUAAUUUCGCCAGUGAUGGUGGCGAUGGUGGUUUAGUUAGCGUUAGUGAAUACUAGCUGGCUAUAUGUAAGAAUGAUUGUUUAUUCGUUACUAAAACACAGUUAGAAGUUGAAAUCUACCUCGCUCUAGUGCUGUCAUGGAGAAUAAAAGCCUGAUAUCUAACUUUACAUCCGUAAGUGCGGAUCGUACUUGUGUUACUAGGGGAGUGCCCAGUGCCAGUCGACAACACAACAUGGAUCGGACAUUUUCCACAUGAGGAAUAUUUGUUUGACUUUUGCAUUAACCCAAAGCAUGACAUACUCACUACAAGUCGGUCCACAGAGCCUGUUCCUACCUACCAGCCUCUUGCGUCAUCCUUGAGCCAUCAGGAGGAUGGAGUUCCCAUGGCACAGUGGGAAGGUUCUUGAACAGCUCAACCGUCAGCGCAAGCAGGGUCUGCUUUGUGACUGCACCUUUGUUGUGGAUGGGGUGGACUUCAAGGCUCACAAAGCUGUGCUGGCUGCCUGCAGUGUCUACUUCCGCACUCUCUUCCUGGACCAGAAAGAUGUGGUGCAUCUGGACAUCAGCAAUGCAGCAGGUUUGGGUCAGGUCCUGGAGUUUAUGUACACAGCCAAGCUGAGCCUAAGUCCACAGAAUGUAGAAGACGUUCUGGCUGUUGCUAACUUUUUACAAAUGCAAGAAAUUGUGAAUGCCUGCUCUGCAUACCAGUCAGUGGCAAAUCCAGCUCCAUCCCUCAUAACACUGGAUUUCGCUGUUGAAGAAAAAAACGCUGCAGGGGAACAAAGAGAGGAACUGGAGAGUGACUUGGCACAAGUGGCAGCACAAGUGGAGGGGAGUCCUCCUAGCACCCCCACACAAGAUAAAGAGCACACACAAAAUCAGGAAACAUUAAAGGAAGACAUCUCUACUGAAACACAUCAGACUGUUUCUCAGCCCAGCCCCACCAGAUCCCACUCAGGCCAAGGACGACCCCCCAGAACAACCCCUGUUUCUGCCCAAAAGAAGAUUUCUGUAAAGAAGGAGGAAGUAAUUGCUGUGCAAGAUGUGCCUGGAUGUCAGGACGACCCCACGGACACAGACUACACGCCCAAAUCCCAGUUGAAAUCUGCUGGCAGCUCGUCCUACAUGAGCUCUCGCGGGAGAAGAAUCAGAAAACCCCCUCGAAGAAACUUCCCACCUGACAAUGACUCAGAGGAAGAAGACGCAUCAAAAGCAAAAGGUGGUAAGGCAGUGGUGGAGUCAGCAGAAGCGGCAGAAGAACAGGAGGAAAGCCCCCAGGAGAUCGGCGAUGGGGUAGCUGAUGAUGAUGAUGAUGAAGAGGGGCUUGGAGAGGAAGAUGACAACGUUAACCAGCAGGUGGAAGGAGUCAACUUGAGCAGCGAGGGAGAGGGCAGAGCAACAGUGUCAGCAUCUAUGAGCACCCGGUCUGAGUCGAAGCCCUACAGCUCCGUGACACACAGAUGCGAGGACUGUGGGAAGAAAUUCACACACACUGGAAAUUUCAAGAGACACAUGCGUAUUCACACUGGAGAGAAGCCUUUCAGCUGUCGGGACUGCAACAAGGCUUUCUCUGACCCUGCAGCCUGUAAAGCCCAUGAGAAAACACACAGUCCACUUAAGCCAUACUGCUGUUUGACCUGUGGAAAGAGUUACAGGCAGAUCAGCCUGCUCAACCUGCACCGAAAACGCCAUACAGGUGAGGCACGGUACAGCUGUGAAGUGUGUGGCAAGCUCUUCACCACAUCUGGCAACCUGAAGCGCCACCAGCUGGUGCACAGUGGCGAGAAGCCCUACCACUGCGACUACUGUGACAAGGCCUUUUCUGAUCCCACCGCCAAGAUGCGACAUCUGGAGACACACGACACAGAGAAGGGAAACAAGUGUCCACACUGCGACAAACGCUUCAACCAGGUUGGAAAUCUGAAGGCCCACUUAAAAAUCCACAUCACAGACGGGCCUCUCAAGUGCAAGGAAUGUGGCAAACAGUUCACCACUUCAGGAAAUCUGAAGAGACACCUGCGGGUUCACAGUGGGGAGAAACCGUACAUCUGUGUGCACUGUCAGAGAGCUUUUAGUGACCCUGGAGCUCUGCAGCGACAUGAACGCAUCCAUACAGGAGAGAAGCCCUGUGUCUGUCUGAUCUGCGGCAAGGCCUUCACCCAGGCGAGCUCACUCAUCGCUCACGUCCGCCAGCACACCGGAGAGAAGCCCUACGUGUGUGAUCGCUGUGGCAAAAGGUUUGUGCAGUCUAGUCAACUGGCCAAUCACAUUCGGCAUCAUGACAAUGUCCGACCACACAAGUGUCAGAUGUGCAACAAGGCAUUUGUUAAUGUGGGAGACCUGUCGAAGCACAUUAUCAUUCACACUGGGGAGAAACCUUUCCUGUGUGAUAAAUGUGGCAGAGGGUUCAACCGGGUGGAUAAUCUGCGCUCCCACGUCAAGACUGUCCACCACGGCAAGGCCGGCAUGAAGCGGCUGGUGGUAGCCGGGGGCAGUGUGGAUGAGGGGGCUGAUGGGUGCGCAGGGGCAUCCACGUCUGACAGCGAGAUAAACAUAGUCACUGUCACCACAGAGGACAUUGUCACCCUGGCAGCAAGUGCUGUAGCUCAGCUGACAGUAGUUCCAGUGGCUGCUUCGGUGUCUGCAGAUGAGACAGAGGCAUUGAAAGCUGAAAUCACCAAGGCAGUAGAGAAAGUGCAAGAAGCAGACCCCAACACUCAGAUCUUGUAUGCUUGUGACUCAUGUGGUGAUAAGUUCUUGGAUGCCAGCUCCCUUGCCCAACAUGUACGCAUCCACACGGCCCAGGCCUUGGUCAUGUUUCAGGCCGAUUCCGACUUUUACCAGUACACCGCAGCCACCGCCGAGGGGGGUUCAGCCACAACAUGGCAACCUACAGCCGAACAGGUCAUCCAGGAAGGAGAGCUUAUCUUUCGAGCCCAGGAUGGAGAGGGAGAAACAGAAGGAGGGGUGGUCGGCGGGACACAAGAACAAGAAGAAGAGUCAGGAGAGGUGAUUGAUGAGGAGGGGAGGGAGGCUGGAGAAGUGGAAACCCACAAUGAGCUGCACACAGAUGGAAAAAAUGAAGCUGCAGCAGAAGUAGAGGAGGAAAAAGAAGAGGAGAUGGAAUGUGCCAGUCAGGCGUAGCUGGGUAGAUUUGUGAAGGUAAACAAAGAAUUUGUGAAAUAAACUGAGUAGUUGAAGCCUCAGAGUUUUAACAUGCCAUGAUGUUAAAAAUAAAUAAAUAAUAAAUGUAACUGCAUUCAUAACAUGCAAUUAUUUUUAAAUGACUUUUACUAAGGUUGUGUGGUCAUAAAUCAUGUUUUGGCAGUCAUAAUACCAGAGAAUGAAUUGAGAUCAAGUCAUUUGUUGCAUAUUGUUAAGAAUUCUUUCAGAGAUGGUUAUACGACUUUGUAUAGUUUGUUUGAUUUGAAACUGAAAUGCAGGACUAUGCAUUCUCCUUUGUAUAAACAUUUAGAUCACUAUUCUGUCUUACCGAAUAUAACUUGAAGAAAGACCUCUGUUAUUUUUCCAUUUCACUCAUAUGAGAUAUGUACAUUUGCUUAAAUGGUCAACAAUGUUUUAUUGUACUUAUUUGAAGUAUUUUCAAGAAAAGCACAUUAUACAAAGAAAGAUUAUCUACAUGAUGUGAUUUAAUUGGGGAUUGUGGGAUGUCAUGAAAUCGUGUACUGGCAGACAUUCUAAGUGCUGUGCAUGUGUAAUAUUUGUAUAUUUGUUAUGUGUCCUCUAUUAAAAAAAGUCUUAAUACCUUUGAUAAAAUAUUAAAAAAGAGAUAUAUGUGCUGGUCAACAAUUUUCAGUGUCACUUUAGCUUUUGGUUGCAAUGAAUUUGUCACACUUGUUCGUAGACAGUUACUUCACCUCACUAUCACUGGUUUUAUGUCAUUACUUUGUUCACAUUAACAUCUGCAAAAUGCCCACCGGUAGUUGUUAUCUGAUCAAUAAAAAAAUCAUGGUCUUA